AUGUCCUUCUAUGGACCUCCUGUUCCGCCCGAGCCUGAUCGCCGAAUGAGUUUAGCAAGAGACCUGCGCCAGCAGACCCGUGCCGCCGCCCCGCCUCCAUGGCAAGCCUUAGGUGGAGACCCGAUGGAUAUCGAUUCCGAGCCCAGUACUACUGCCUCCAGACGACCAAUUCCCACGGUACCUACAGCAAUCCCACGUCCUUUGAGACCGAACAAUGCGCUCUUUACCUUGCUCCCGGACGGAUCAAAGAUGUACAGUUACAUCUUCGAGGUCGAUAUCCUCAACCGUGCACAUGAACUUACCGAUCUCGAGAUCCUUGAGUAUGCGCGCAAUCAAAUGGGGUUUCUGGAGCGAGCGAAUUUGCGCGAUGGUGCCAUGCGCCACAUCAGAGAUUGCCGAAUUCGACUUCGCGUGACGAUCGAUACCAAGAAUACCAGUCGUCUUGAUGCACUAGGAGACUGUCGAAUGCGGAUGUUGAUCAUGCAAGACAUGAUCAGUGAUGGAAUGGGGUGGUUUCCAGGUUUGCCUUGGAAGGCGCGGCAUUUCCAUGUCGAGGUCCUCUAUCCGCAGAGCUAG